UGACGUUGACACCGGGUACCUUGUCGCAAUAUUACCUCAGUGCAGCUGAGCGAGGCUCCGCGAUAUUUUUAGCAUGUUAUGUGCACAGAGAAUGGUCCUCGACAGUCUUUCACAGACUGUGUUUCUGUUUCGAGGAGAGACGCAGACGACACAGCAAAGCUGAAAUAUUUCUUCGGUUAAACUAACCCCGCGCACCCCGCGAUGUGUGCAGCACCGGGCCCCUAACGGCCGCGCCAGUCAUUUGUUGUGGUGAUUCUCCAUCCCCGACAGGGCCCCAGUGUCGUUCUGUGGCGGCGACAGACGACAGGGCUGCUGACGCAUGCUGGGAUGCGAGCUACGCAUGCUCGGCAGAAUCUUCAGUAUUCUGGUGUGAGCAGCGGCUACCGGCCGCAGACGGGAAAAUGACGCGGCGCAAGCAGAGUAACCCCAGGUCGGUCAAAGUUCUGGGGGAGCGAUAGAGAUAGUGGAGCCAGAAUCAAUCCAUUCAAACCAUGACUGUGAUACUACAGAAGAGACUAACGAGCAGGACUAUGGAGACUAUGGCCCAUUGGUUGUGGACACCAGCACCAGCGUGUAUGCAGGGGUAGAUUCUCCCCCACCUUCAGAAAGUGAUCGUCAGAGAGUCACAACCUCAGCUGCGUCACUAUCCAGCCCACCACCUGUUCACCACAAUAUGCAGCAGCAAUAACAACCAAGACCUACAUAAAGCCACCUGCACCAUCUGUUUUGGAAGUCAUAGAAGAAAUGGCUCCACAGCCAUUGUCUCUGUUAUCAUCAGUUUCGUCACCCCCAUCUCCUGGUCCAUCCACUCCAUCUAGCCUUGCCAGCAGUACAGGUCUGGUUGAGUCUGUGGCCACCAAGCAGCGCAGAGGAAAAAAGAUUAUGCCUGUACCCGGGACAGAUGGGAAAGCACGCUGGCAGUGCCCGAUAUGCAGUGAAGAGCUGUCUUCUGAUCAUGACUUGACAGUACAUAUUCGAUCUCACAACACUGCGCAGUCACAAAAUCCAAACACAUGUACUAUCUGUAAUAAGGUGCUUAGCUCCCAGAGCUCUUUGGACAGACAUAUGCUCGUUCAUUCAGGUGAACGCCCGUUCCAAUGCAAAGUGUGUAAGAUGACUUUCACCACUAAUGGAAACAUGCAUCGCCACUCUCGAAUCCAUGCUAAAGAUGAGCUUAAAGCUGCAAUGUCUCAGGCAUCACUGGAAACAGGGACUAAAGCGUCUCGAUCCUCAUCAUCCACCUCCUCAAAAGCUCGAUUACCAAAUGUAAUACAGCCAGCAAGUAGUGCUGGCAACAAAGGGACAAUUCGCACAUCUUGGCAUAAACCUGGGUCAUACAACCACAAAGAAAUCAUCUCUACUGAAAGCAUCCUGAAAAAGGUUACCUCUGGUGUGGAUCUGCACCAGGCUCUUCAUGGGAAAAUCCAAUUCUUCUCAUCUCCCGUUUCAUGGUUUGUUCGAAUGAAAGUCUUUCAGAUUCCUAACAGCACUCUCUUUUCUGCUCAUCUUGAUCUCAAGAGGACAUCACAGCAAGAAAGUACAACAUCUCCUAGUUCUAAGAAGAGAAAGUAUGAUAAUGACAUUGAUUUAAAAGCAGGAUCACCCACACAGGAAAUGCUUCAGGUCGAUGCAGAGAGGUUUGGAAAUGAAGGAGACUUGGCUGUUGACCUAACCAUAGCAGAUGCUGCAGAGGAGACAGGAAAGAAACCUAGCUCCUUCCACAUUCAAGACAAUAAACAUUCCAGUCCUUCAGGAAAAUUAGAUUAUGCUGAUGCUAACUGCUUGAGUCAUGCUCAUGACCAGUCCCAAGAAGAAGUUCAUUGUCCAUUAUGUAAUAAAGGCUUACUCAGUGACUUUGGCUUGUCCUCUCAUCUUAAAGCUCACCACAGUGGUGAUGAGGUUAAAAGCAUUUUACAAGAAUCCAUGGAAGAGGAGACCCACAAGGAAGAAGAGGGUUUGGAAGAGCUGUCUCACUCCUGUAACAAAUGUCAAAAGGCGUUCUCUUCUUUGCAAAAACUUGAUGUUCACAAUCGCCUUACACAUAGUUCCAAAAAGCUACAUUCAGAGUUGGCAGUCUCAUUGGCAUCAUCACCUGUCAGACUUCCACAGCUCAAUGGACUAAGCAAGGUUCUUGAUACUGCUAUCCCUGGAUUUUGUGACUUAGAUUUCAUAGACUUCACCACUGAAAAGUUUCCAUUAGUGGCAAAAGUUUGGUGUGAGAAGAACCCAAGGCGUAAAAGUUCAGUGUUUCAUGACUUUUCCUGCCCAAAAUGUAACUACAGCUUUCCAAACCGUGGCGCACUUGCACUUCAUAUGGCAUCCCAUAAGCCUGACAGCUGGACCUCAUGUCCACUAUGUGACUGCUACUUUGUCAGCCCAGAUAUUCUGCACACACACUUGUCCAAACAUAUUGCUGACAAAGCAAUGAUACAGGCACUAGAACUGAAAGACAACGAGUCAUGUGGCAAGCCAGAGUCCAUGGACAAGGCAGACUUCAUGGGCAUGUUUGAGCUGGUAUCAACAAAAGAUCUGAGUCAGUCACGCAAAAAUGAAACUGUUAUAGAAUCAAUUAGCAAGGAGCAAAACGAUGUAUAUUUUAAAUUAAUUGAUUUGGUGAUUAAGAAAAAUGCAGGUGAAAACAUUUCAUCUUCAGCAUAUUCAGCCAAGGAAAGGGAUGUAACAGACACUAACAUUUUGAAAUGCUUGAACAAAGGGAAACCUGUUGCUCACUCUUCGUUCCUAGAUGGUGGUCAUGCCUUGCAAAGCUCUCCAACUCUCUCUGGUGCCUUAGAAGAAUUUCCGUCCAAAAUGCAAACUCCAGAGCUGCCUUCAGGUGUACUGUCUUCUGAAGCUUUAAUGAUGUCCUCACCCAUAAUUCCAGAUGCAGGGAGUUCACUUUCUGCCAUUGACUCACAUCCGUCCAGUUUAUCUCCAAUAGCACAUUAUGGCUUACAACAUGGUCCCAGGCAUGGUUCUUUCACUCCAACAUCUGCUUGUCCAAGUCCUAUUGGAUCUGAAGAAGGAGAAAACCUCCUUGAUGCAAAGCACAAAAAUGUGUUUUCCUGCAAGUACUGUGGCCAGGCUUUCUCUAACUACCGUGCUUUGAAAGGCCAUGUCAGAGUUCACCUGGGACUCUCUCCCUACAAAUGCAACCUGUGUACUUAUUCAAGCGCUGACAAGAGCACAUUGAUUCGACACCUACGAACACACAAUGGAGAACGCCCCUUCCAGUGCCUCAUCUGUGAUUAUGCCUUCACCACUAAGGCAAAUUGUGAACGCCAUGUGAGGAAAAAGCAUGAUAAAGUGGAGAAAGAAGAAAUUGAGAGGGCCAUUGCAUACAACAAGUACACAACUGACCUCACCACAGCCCUAGACAACUUCCAUUCACCAGACACCGUCUGCAAGUACUGUGGUCGUGACUUCAAGUUUUUCCGCGCCCUGAAACACCACCUUCGUUCACACAGCAGCUGUCAGCAGAAACCAUUUAUUUGCACCAGAUGUCAGGUGGGUUUCUCCAUGAAGGCCAAUGCUAUCCGCCACAUCCAAAAGCAACAUGAGGAUGUGCCCCAGUGUGACAUUGAGCACUAUAUUCAUGUCAAUGAGCUGGCUAUUGUCGAUGGCACCCAGGAUAAUGAACAUGAUGACAGCAUGGUAAAUAGCAGUCGUGAUAUUUCUUCUUUCUCUGCGCUAGCAUCUAGUCUGCAAAUAGCUGCUGCAUCAGCACCUCCUGUUGCUCACUUAGUACCGACUACGUCAGGCGAAUUGUUAUUGACCAAUGGCCUACCAAGAAGCCAACAUUUCAGCCAGCCAUUGGACUUCACUUUAAACAAUGCUGGCAUGGCUGCCCGCCUGUCAAGGUUGUUGUCUGCUCAGCUCAAAGUGGAGAAGACAGGAGAAAAACAAGAAGAUAAUCAGCCCAUUGAUCUGACCACAAAGAAAAGGACAUUUUCGACAUCCUCUUCUUCUUCAGUAGCCUCCCCUGCUCCUGAUGUAACCAGCUUAGCUGCCCAUGACAAACAGACUGCACACACACCCCUUGGAUCAAGAAAGGGCUCACCAUGUGCUCAAGAGAUGCAGCAAAACCUGAAGAUUCCUUGUCCUCUCUGCCAAAAGACUUUUACUGUCAAGGAGGAAGCUUCUGCACACUUGCGUGACAUUCAUCAGAUUCCUUCUCCAGCUUAUUUUGAAAAUCUGCUUACCAGUGAUGGGAAUAACAACACUAGCAAUCCACAUCUUCCCCAUUUUCUUUCAAUGAUGAUGCCACCACUGUCUCUCCCAUCACUCAUGCAAACAGGUUUUACAGCACAUCCUGCAUUUCCUUUGGUGCAGCAACAGAAACUGGCUUAUCGUGUGCCUCAGAAUAUUCAUCCAUCUUUCAUACCUAACCUUGCUUCUGUCAAGAAAGAGCCAGGAACUACUGGUUCAGGCAGUGAUUCAGGUUGUGACCUGGCUUCAGUGAACAAAAUGCUUGAUGCAGCAGACGCCCAUAACUUCCAAGCCUUUCUUGUACCUCAAGCCACAAGCUCUGGGAGUGAGGACAGUGACCGGCAGUCCACCAACUGGGAGAGUGCAGACGAGGAAUCAGACCACAGCUUGGACCAGCUGUAUGCACAGUCACUGAACGGUGUUACAGUGAAGCAGGAACUUCCUACUGAUUAUGGCUCGGACAGCAAAGACAGCAGCACAAAGAGAGAAGCCCCUGAGAGAAAGCAUGAGGAUGGAGAUGAUCUUGAAAUGUCAGAUGAAUCUGGUACUGAUACUUCUCUUUCAAUGAUGCCAGAUACGAUGGACCCUGAGCUAAAAAUCAUGAAUGAUGAAUCAUCGAAUCAAGGGUUGAUGGCCAAAAAGACAGAUGGAGACUUGACCCCACUGAAGAAGAAGCGUAACUCUUACGCUGACUCCCCUCACAAGCUGAGCUGUCCUCAUUGCCCACGUUCCUUCCCUUGGGUGAGCUCUUUGAAGAGGCACCUUCUGACACAUACAGGUCAAAAGCCUUUUAAAUGUGCACGGUGUCCAGUGACGUUCUCCACCAAGUCUAACAGAGAAAGGCAUCUUAUCCGUAAACACGGUGUCAACAUGCUUGAUCCUGCAUCUCGUCAAACCAUGGAUCGUCCUUACAAAUGCCAUUUAUGUGUUUUCAGUUCUUUUUCCACUCAAAGCAACCUGCUGAAACAUUACAAAGAACGACAUCCUGAGCAUAAACCACCAGAAUUUUACCUGGACAGGCUGUCAGAGGAAGAUGGUUAUUCGGAUAUGAUUGGACUGGAACUGAGCUCAAACAGUACAGAUGAAACUUCCCAUUCCAACAGUGGCUUAAAGGUUACUGGAAGAAUUGUUGACAUAACUUCUUCUACAGAUGGUACUUCUGAGGUUUCACAACCACCAUCAUCAAAGGCAAAAUCUGUGGAAGCUGUUAUUGCUGCUUUGGUAAGAAAGGAAGCAGAUUCCCCAUGUACAAACUACAGUGCAAGCAACUUUGAUGAUAACGAUGAAGACAGCAGUGACAAUGCCCAAAAUCACCUACCUUUCUUGUCAUCAUCAUACAGUGGCUCUGCAGAGCGACAUAUCAACCCAGAGAGAGACAACUACAAUGUGGACAAGAUAACUCAUUGCUGGAAAUGUGGUGACGAGUUCAGCUCUCGCAAACUGCUGGUGAGACACUUAAAAGAACAUAACAUUGAUCUGCCUUUUAAGUGCUAUCUGUGUGAUGCUUCAUAUGACAUCCGGCUGGAGUGCUUGUCGCAUCAGGAAAAGCAACAUUCGUCUGACUGGGCUAUCCUCAAGGAGAAGAAUGGUGUGGAGUCUGUGGAAGAAUAUGCUGAUCGCCUUGAUCAUAUUGUGGAACGAAACUGCAAGACAGGACAAUUUUUGGAAGAUGGUGAUGAUGAGACUGCUGCCAUUGGAACUGGAGGGGAGGAUGGUCAGGGAGAAGUAAUGGCCUCUGACUAUCUGCAGCGUAAAGUGUACUGCUCUCUUUGUCCCAAGAGGUUUUGGUCUCUGCAAGAUUUGCGCAGACAUAUGAGAUCCCAUACAGGUGAGCGCCCAUUUGAGUGUGACAAAUGUGGAAAGCGGUUUACGCUAAAACACAGCAUGAUGAGACAUCGUCGAAAACAUGCUGGCAAUCAUGACUCUCCAUCAGUACUUAGUGAGGAUGAGGAUUCCAAUCAGGGGGAUAGCCCUGCAAGUGUCUACAAAGUUAUUCGCCCACAACACCCAGCUUCUCAACAGCCUUCUACAGUCUUAAAUAGUGAGAACAGUUCUUUACCUGUUGCUGACAUAAAAGAUGAAAAGGAAAAUGAUGAUGGUGAAGACAUGCUACACAAUCUCCUGGGUGUCGAGAGCUCCACCAUUGACAAGAUUAUUGAUGCAAAGGACUCGGCAGCAUCUUUGCUUGGUGUAUAAUUUUGGAUUGUAGUCAUGACUUUGUCACUGUGAUGCACUUGUUCUGUGAGAUCUUUCUUUUAAAAUCAAGAUGAAUGGUCUACAGCCUAAAUGCUUUUUUUUAAAAUCAAGAAAUGUGCUGUCAGCAUUCAAACAAGACUGAAAACAGAAGAGAUCUGAAGCCACAGAUUGCUGCACUUUUCCACCGUCUGACUCUGCAGUGUACUAAAUGUUUAAUGUUUUUAGGUACUCUAAUGUGGCUGGGAUCUUGCUGUAUAUUUACAAUAAACCAAUUUCUGUAUCAAAAAUAUCCUAACCAGUCAAAUGUGGAAAAGGCUAUGCAUUGUAUAGUCAUGUUUAUUAGUAACCAACCAAAAUGUUUUCUUUAUGAUCAUGCUGCCAAGGCAUCUUAGUUCUUUGAUACAUCAUGGUUAUGUGUAUGCCAUGGCACUUCAAAAAAGAGGAAAAAUAAUUUUUGAGGGGUUUGAUUUAUAUGUAUUUGGAGUGAAUAAUGAAAAAUUGAUGUAUCCCUGCAAGGAAUUCAAGACCCCUGCAUUGACAGAUUAGUGUUGUUGUAGUCAUAGCCUUUCUGAACCGAGCCUGCAUGAUAUUUUUGAUAUGCAAAAAUAGAAUGAUUUAGUAGAGGCUGCCUUUUCUCUCAGAUACUGGCAAGUGAUGCUAGCUGCAUAUUAAAUGUAUUUGUUUAAACUUGUUAUAUGUAUACUUGAGGCAUAUUAUACAAAGACAAAUGACAUCAAGUAUCAGCAUGCAGAUAUGUGAUGUCUGCUGCUUAGAUAGAUUAUGUGAAAAUUAUUUCUUUGUUGAUGCAGAUUCAGAUUUCCGUCCUUUUUGCAUUUUGUAGGUGUGUGCAAUUGACAUCAAUAUUUUAUAUGAAUAGUGUCCUUUUCAGCUGCUUGGCCUUUUUUUCAUAACUCCUUUGCUCUCAGAACUUACAAAACAUUUUAAGGGAGAGAUUUUAUGCUAUGCAAAAAUCUGUGCAACCAUAACUUGUAAAUAUUUUUGUAGAUGUCAGAUAUUUUGUAGACGAAGGUCAUUUCAUGAAAAUCACCAACUCCUAGGAGUCCAUAAAUAGUUUAUUGUGUGCCUGGCAAUAAAUUGUUACUGAUGACUAGUAGGCACACAGAUUUGAUGUAAGCACUUCUUUUUUGUGGUGGAGAAAGAGGAUGGUAGGGGAAGUUCAGACAUGCAUUUCGGAGAGAGCAUAGAAUCUCCAUUCAUUUAAAAACCAGUGCCAUUGUGGUUGACCAUUUCAAAAUCAGUUUUUCCUUUCUGAUAAUUUAAAACUGGCUGCAAAAUUAUUUUUGGACAAACUUAUUGUAAAUCAGCAUUUUUAACAUACAUAUAGAUGACAUGGUUAAAGGCUUUGGUACUGCUAUUAUGCAAUCUCCAUUUGUUAAUGUUGAAUUAUGUGUUGGAAUAGUAUUCACAAAAGUGAUAUACACACAGCAUGACCUCUGGCAUUUCACUUUGUUCUCUUCAUGCUUAUUAUAAUUCCGUCCUUGAUCGUGUAAUGUGUAACUUUUUAUGUACGUGCUUUGUAAAAGACAGCCAAAAAUUAAUGCUUACGCAGGCCAAAGAUGGCUCCUGUCAUCAUGGAGUCUUAUAGAUGUAGGCAUUAAAAAAAUUUUUUAUUAAAAAAAAAAUCGUAGAAUUAUCCCUAUUCUUACAUAAUUUAAUCAGUAUUUUAAAAGAAAUUGCUGCAUGAUUAUGUUAAAGUAUACAUUAUCCCUUUGAUAUAUCAAAGUUUACUUUUCAGAAGUUAGUAAAGUUGAAAUAUCAGUAUGUACAACCUUUUGAAUGUUGUUACGAUAGAUCAAGUCUAUGUUAUUUAUUGCAAGACUGUAUGCUGUGCAAUCUUUAUGAAUUGAGAAAAAGGUUUUCUUGCUUUAUUUAUGACUAGAGGCUUUUAAACUGCUAGAUCUCAGGCUGUUUGGUGUGGUCAUAACAAAACUAAUGGAGCCUUGGGUUUAAACCUCAUAGUUGAAAAGAGCUGAAAUAUUUGAGAGUUUAGAAUGCUCAUUCCCAUUAUUCAAAUUUAGAAAGGAUUAAACAAUUUGCAUGACUGUUGUAAAGCGUAAGGCUAGGUACAGGUUACUACUUCAGUUUAUCUAAGAAUCAUCAUAUUAAUGACGUACUCAGAUAAACUGAAUUAGCUCCUGUACAUGUUCACUAAAUAUGAUCAUGUUUGGUAAUAUUAUUAAUCAAGUAUUUUGUACUGACAAAACUUCAGUGUCAGUUACCUUACAAAUGCACUUUUCCUUUAUUCUUACAGAGUUGUCAACUGAUAAUGGUAUUAUGAAAUGUGUUCAUCUCUAUGUGGCAUAUACUGUGAUAUACAUAAAUUUAAAAGCUCAUUUGAAUUAUAGAUUUCUUGAAGAACUAUUUGUGUUCAAAUAUUUUAAAAUACUUGGUAAGUUUGUCAAAAGACACCCUCCAUUCUCUGGUACUGCCUUCAGCAUAAAAGUUUGUGUACUGAAUACUGAAAUAGGAGAAAGAAAAUACUGAACAUAAAAUAAAUGAAUGUUAAGUGGGCAAGAUAUUUACUGACACAGAUGUUUUAGUGAUCAUUAUUUCCUUGUCUAUUAAAGAUAUUCCACUCCGAGUCUCAAAUAUACAUUUGUGGAGGUUACCUGCUGACAGGGAAGUUAAUUUAUCAAGGUGAAACACUUGCAACAGCUGUCUCACUUUCUAUGGUGUUGCUUAAAUAUUGUAGCUGCUGCAAUCAUAUGCUGAGCAGUUCACAAUCUGAACAUAGGGAAAUUAUUGAUCGUGGGUGGGGCUGUCUUUUUUACUGCAUUUCACAGUGGACUGUGAUCCACUUAGUCCUGACUGGCAGUUUGUUUCUCUGUCUUACAGGUGGUCAUUUUAUAGCUACUUUGCACAGCAUGCCAUGAAUCCUUUAAGAUGACAGAUUUGAUGCAAAUAUUGACAUCUGCAGCUGAGCUUGAAAUCAAUUUGAUCUUUUUUACACUAGCCUGUGAAAAUGCAAGAUUAGCAGAGUAAAGAAUUUUUGAAUCCAAAAUCGUGUUUAACCUUUUUGUAAAUGGUAUGAGAAAAAGUUGCCACAUUUGUUAACUUUAGCCGCCCAAGACACACUAUAUUUUCCAAAUUUGUGCUGUUUUUUCCUCUUCACUACAACUCAUUGCCAUUAAAAUACAACGUUCAUUUAAAAAUCACUUGUGGGUUCUCAUCAUUGGUUCUCAUGCACCCCUAGACUGGCAUUGUCUGUCUCAAUGUCACAAAAACUUAAAGGGGUGGGAAUUUUCAAUUUGUGUUUGUUACAGUGAUUUUUAACUGCCAUAAAGAAGCACAAGUAAGAUUUUAAAUUAAAUCAAUUUCUUUAAUGAACAUUUUUUCUUUAGAAGACUUUUUUGUGUGAAAUGCAUAAUCAGUGAGCAUGUGUGUGGUUUGCAAAUUUUUUUCUUAUUAGACGUUCAUUGAUCUGCCAUGGAAGUAUUUGCAGCAUUAAUCAGUAAAUUAUGCAAAUACAUGUUAAUUUAUUUACAACAAAGUAUUUAUGAUUAAUCUGUAUUAUCAGAUGGUGAGUUAAUUUUGUAAACUUUGUCUUAGCUGUGUUUCUCACAAGUUUGCUUUUUGAAAUUGUCUAAUUACAUUGUGUUCUUUAUUCAUUCAAUUUGUUUACAAUGUCUGGUGUGUGUAUGCAAAAAAACUGCUUGUAGGAAAAUGAUUUUCUGGUCCUGUUGCAGUAAUUUAUAUAGAGCUUGAAAAAUAAUGUAUAUCAGUUAUGCUUUUUGGUACUAUAGCAUGUUCCUCUGCUAAGAACAAGAUAACCUAAAGUACAUUCCAUAAAAUUCAAUUACUAAAAAAUGUCUUCUGUUUUCUGGAAGAAGAUAAAGUGGUUUAAAAGUUACUCGUUUAUUUGUACAGUUGCAUAUUUGUUCAUGCCAUAAACCAAAAGUAUUUUAAAAGGCAUUAGAAAACUUUCUUUAAUUUUCUCAUUAUUAUUUCAAGUGUGGUUGUAGGUUAGUUUCUCCCUAGUUUAAAUUAUUUUUCUGUUUUGAGGCCUGUGAUUUUUUUUUUCUUUUGAGGGGAGUCACUUCUGGGUAGGUCAAAAGGCAAUGAUACUUUUAUGUCCCAGGGAAAAAAAUGGUUAGCAAGUGUCAACAGAAAAGGAGAUGGCUUACAAGACCUUAAGCCAUACUUCAGAUUUAGCUAACCCUGUGAUGAGUUUUAAAACUGUCACUGUGAACAUCAUUAAUAUGGUAAAGAUGGAACAUGCAUCUUACACUUCUUCUUCAGCUGGCAAACAGAUUUUCCAGAAAGCUUUCUCUACAGUUACAGAUCAAACAAAUCUUAAGCAUUAUGGUCAACAUGAGACAUAAUGCGGAGGGCAAAACUGUCUACCUUUUUCUUUAAAAGAUUAGCCAGAAAGUACCCCUAGAUCCAAUGAUAAACAAAUGUAAGAGAAAGUCCUACAUUAGUCUGAUGCUGGUCUGUACAAGUUAACAUAUUUUUCAAGACACUUCUAAUUCAUUUCUCUCCACAGCUCUGUCAAAAUUUAAAGACAUAUCAUUGAAUCCUAUUGGCUUUUUUUCCCUAAUGGAACAUUUGACAAAUUGACAAGCUUUGUCAAGGAUGCUGGCUACCAGGACCCACUAGUUUUUGUGUCAGAACAGAACUUUUGUGACAAAUAAAUACUGUGCUAAAAAGAUGCCAUACUACAUAUAUAUAUAUUGGUUUUUUUCUGUACUUCAUAAAAUAUUGUGAUAAAAUAUGGCAGCAACCAGAGACUGGUGAACCAAGCCAAUGAAAGGGCUAACAUGAAAAAAAUCAUCAGGUUUACUGAUCUCAAGCACUGGACCAACCACACCUUAACUAGAUCUGCUGCUGUUUUCCAACACCAAAUCUUAAAAAAGUUAUUUUGAAGCAUGAUUUAUUCUGGCAAUAAAUGCUUUUAAUACCA